CGGUGCUGUUGCGCUGCAUGGUUUUCAGAGUGUCCCUCACACUCCAGUCCACGCUCUUCCACCCGAGUGUCGUUUUUCAUCUGGGAAGCGAAUCCAUCUUUGAAUCGAAAUUCAACUCCAAGUCCCAGAGUUCACACCCACUAACUUAUUCAGUGACUCCACUGGGGAUAUUUAUCUGCUUUACCAUCAACCCCCUCCAGCUGCAGAUGAUCUGAAGAAAACAAGUCUCUUUGUCUAAAGCGAACAAACGUCUCACUAAUGGGGCUUUUAAUGGCAUGGUACGCUGAUACGAGGGAGUCUACAGUGCUGCUGCAGUGAAUGUCACCCCCCCAUCCUGUUUGGAUAGAGGAAGCAUUACACACUCACGGAGAAUGUUUCAGCCGCCGUCACCCGCCGUGGCUUCUCCUCCGAGGUCACACACUAAUCCCUGCAGUGGCUCUUCCGCUGGGAUUUCUUAACCACUGUGUGUGUUUUGCCCCCAAUGAGGCAGCCUCUCACUCAAUGUCCCCCCUCCCUCCGCUCUUCUAUCUGAAGUCCUCUGGCCACAUGGAGGAGGAAGAGUGUGUGAUCCAGAAGAAGCUGAAGAGGAGAAGUCUGAGCGAGCACGCCGCCCCGACCCAAAACAGCAAAGCGUGCACUGAGCGCUUCCCCUGUCUGUGGGAGGACAUCAGCCUGAUACAGACCGGACUGUCGGUCUCUGCAGACGCGAGCAGCAUCCUGCAACGGGACAUAGAAGCCCUGCUUUCUACCUGCACCCAGAAAGAGGCCUUGUGCAAGGAGGUGAACGAGUCCGUGCAGAGGCUGCUCUCUCAGGCCUGCUGUGACUUUCAGAAGACCAAGGCGACAAGGCUGCUGCUGCUGGAGGACGUCAAGAAGAUAGAUGCAAGUUUAGGGGGCAUUAGGAGCGAUUACAGCCACAGACUGGAGCAGCUGGAGGCUCUGAAGGAGGAGCUGAAGUCCGAGCAGCUCUUUCUGCACCAAGUGAUGAGCUCUCUGCAUCCUGAAGCAGCUGCUGCUGGCAGCUCCAGAAAGGGAUUGCUUUAUUGACUGUUUUAAACAUUUGUUUUACAAAUCAAGAUUUGAUUCAUUUUGGAUCAAAACUUAGGUAUUUUUGUGACAACUUUAAUAUGUGAUAAGGUUCAACUUUUGUUAAAGAAACCACAAAUAAAACACUAUUUUAAGGUUUAAAAAGCUUUUCCAUUACAGUAUUUGAUUAAAAAAAA